UAACUAUAACAUGCCAUCAAUCUUUCCGUCAAGAAAUAGUCUCAAUCAAAAGAUCGUAGACGAAAUCAAAUUGAGAGUGAAAGACAAAUAGAUUGACAAUGGCCAAUCAAGUAGAUAAGCCACUGAAGGUACUUGCAGACGCUUUCAAGGAAAUGGCGGUCAUCGUGAAUUCACCAAGUCCCGACGUGUCUGUAAAGCAAUUCUCUGACGCUUGCUCUCACUUGUUGCGCCUAUUUGGUGUGCUUGAAUAUGCCUUCAAGUUUGUCAAGCUAGACUACGUUGAAAAGGUUAAAGAUCUUGCAGAUGCAUCGAGCUCAAUAUCGACGCUACAAGUAAUGGUAGAUGAAGAUAUUGAGGCAGGACAAGCAAAGAAAGCUUUUAGUCAUACUAGAAAACUUUUGAGGGUAAAACGUGCUCUUGAAAUGGUCAGGGCUCUAUUUGAAGAGAUAAUAGCAACCGAAGCUGAUAGCUCCCUAAAGGAUGCAGCGUUCAAGGCUUACAAUCAAGUGUUAGCUCCCUACCAUGGGCAUGGUCUUAAGGAAUCUGCUGAAACAGGAAUGGAAUCUCUCCCCACAAGGGCUCUGCUGCUGUGCAUGAUCAAUGAAACUGAGGAGACGGCGAAGAUACAAAUGAAAAGCUAUGUUACUGCAUCGACACCAGUAAUUGAGUAUCUUAAUAAGCUUUUCCUCUCCAAGAAACUUGGUACAAAUUGGUGAAGCCCCAGAAAACUUUCAUAGCCGUGGCAAAUUUACCUCUAUUAUCUCUCUUUGCAGUCGCUGAUUCUAUCAGUAAAAACUGGAUAUUUCAUGAACCUUUUUCAUUGCCUCCGUUACGCUUAAAUAAAUGUCAAAGGCUCAAAGCUUUGUGUUGUUGUUGUUUAUUUUAUUUUAACAUUUUCUGAAAUCAAAGUGCUAAAGAAUCCGACAA